AUGGGUGACAAGACCAAGAGGAUCAAGGUGUUCUUCGACAUGGAGUGGGAAGGCCCUGUUAUGGACAACGGCCGCCCUACCAACACCGUGAAGGGCCAGUCCGGUCGCAUCAACUUCGAGCUCUGGGGGGACCUGGUGCCUAAGACUGUCGAGAACUUCCGCGCCCUCUGCACUGGUGAGAAGGGCUUCGGCUACAAGGGCUCCUCUUUCCACCGCAUCAUCCCUGAGUUCAUGCUCCAAGGUGGCGACUUUACCCGUGGUAAUGGCACCGGUGGGAAGUCAAUCUAUGGAGAGAGGUUUCCCGACGAGAACCUUGAGAUUAAGCACUCGGAGAAAUACAUGCUGUCUAUGGCUAACGCCGGCCCCAACACGAACGGCUCCCAAUUCUUCAUCACCACCGUCGUGACGAACUGGCUCGAUGGCCGCCACGUCCCUUUCGGUCUUGUCUUAGACGACGGCUCGAGGGCCGUUGUCAAGGCCAUCGAGGCCACUGGCUCUCAGGCCGGUGCUAUCAAAUAUUCCAAGCGACCUACCAUCGUCAAUUGCGGCCAACUCUGA